UGCGGUAAAUUACCAACCUGAGAAACUCGACUCGUGUACGAUAUUCAUCAAAGCUGAGGCGUUUGGGAUCGUGAAACAUCUUCGAACCCAGAAAAGUUUGCAACUUUUAGGGUUUCCAUGUAUCAUCCGACGAGAGGCGGUGUUCGUGGUGGUCGAGAUCAGUUUAGCUGGGAUGAAGUCAAGGCAGAUAAACAUAGGGAGAACUAUUUGGGUCACAGUGUCAAGGCCCCUGUUGGACGAUGGCAAAAAGGCAAAGAUCUUAACUGGUAUGCUAGAGAUAAGAAACAAGGGGGUCCCAACACGGAUGCUAUUAAAGAGGAGAUUCAAAGGGUUAAGGAACAAGAGGAACAAGCCAUGAGGGAGGCUCUGGGUUUGGCACCAAAGUCCUCUACAAGACCACAAGGCAAUCGCCUUGACAAGCAAGAGUAUACUGAACUUAUCAAAAGGGGUUCAACUGCCGAGGACCUGGGUGCAGGGAAGGCUGAUGCAGUUUGGGUUCACGGCAUUGGCUAUGCUAAGACACCACGACCUUGGGAAGAUCCUACCACCCUUGCACCAACUCAGACAGAAGAUGCAGGGCCUGUACGUCUACCAGCAGAGGCACCAACGAUCAAAACUGUUGAAGUUGUACCUAAUGAUACUGAGAGGAACCAAGAGAAGGAUAAGCGCGAGGAAAAGAAACCUACGAAGAGAGAUAGGGAAGAGAGACAUGAGAGGCACGAAAAACAUGAAAGGCGCGAGAAACGUGAGAGGCAUGAAAAGCGACACAGUCGUGAUUCAGAUGACAGGAAGAAGCACAAGAAAGAGAAGAAGGAUAGGAAGAGGAGACAUGACUCUGAUUCCGAUUGAAUUGAAAUCUACCAGUGUGUGUCCUGUCCUUUUACGGAGGGGAGAAGUGUUCUGCAAGAUUUAAAAUUUUCUUAGCUCAUUUUCGUUUACAAAUCAUGGAGUAAAAGAACUAUCAAUAUGUUUUGUGUUGAACGUUGAUGUAAUCCACUUGAAAAAGAUAAAAAAUGAUCUCUGUUUGUUAAA